CAUGGAAUUGCCCAUGACUGAGAAGCAAGUGUUGGCGUUGUCAGGCAAACCGCCAUUUUUGGUCUCACUACACUCGUGCUUCCAGACUAUGGAUCGUCUAUUCUUUGUCAUGGAGUACUGCAAAGGCGGUGAUCUAUGCAGGUCUAUGGACAUUUCAAGGAAUCAGUGGCGGUCUUCUAUGCCGCUGAGAUCGCUAUUACUUUAUUCUUUCUACAUGGGCUUCACAUUAUCAAUCGCGACCUUAAGCUGGAAAAUGUGCUGCGGGAUGGUGAGGGUCAUGUCCAGCUUGCUGAUUUUCGUCUCAGCAAGGAUGGUAUUGCCGAUCGCGACACUACGAGAACCUUCUGCGGCACGAAUGUGUAUAUGGCACCCGAGAUUCUCGCCUAUGAAACAUACAGCCACACCAUCGAUUGGUGGUCCUAUGGUGUGUUACUCUUUGAAAUGUUAGCCGGACAAAACCCCUUCGAGGUUGAUGAUGAGGAGAACACAUUUAAAAAUAUCAAAGAGAAAAAAGCAGUAUUUCCGAAACACUUCUCUCAGGAGGCGAGCUUCCUUGCCAAAAAGCCUAAUAAUCGCUUAGGUGCUGGCCGCUAUGCUCGUUCUGAGAUUACCACACAUCCUUUCUUCAGGAAUAUAGAUUGGGACAAGGUUGAAGCGAAGGAAAUGGAGCCGCCUAUUGUGUCGAAAAUUAAACAUCGCAAGGAUAUCUCGAACUUCGAUAAAGCUUUCGUUGGUGAAAAAACAGAUUUGACACCAACCGACAAAUUAUUCAUGAUGAAUUUGGAUCAGAGUGACUUCAUAGGCUUCUCCUAUAUGAAUCCGGAGUUUAUCACUAUUAUCUAAAAUGCAUAUAUAAUGCUUGAAGUACUAAAUUUAGAGAACUCUGUAAUAUGAUAUACAAAAAUAUAUUGGAAAAAUUUGC